AAGGAAAGGGUUAUGGUAGUUAGUGGGGGAUAAUUUUCUCUGUUUGUCUAAAGAAAUUACGAAAAAUGCCUUGUUUUUAGUGAAACUAUUUAUUAAAUAAACUGUAUUUAGUGCAAAUUUAUUAGAUGAUGAAACCAAAACGCUCUAAACGAGUGGCCGGAAUCAUUAUUCGGUCGAGAAAGUCGAUUGCAAAGGAUGGAGUCGUUACAACCUCCGGUAUAGGCAAACCUUCCCUGUACCAUGCCCUAGUAGUAAUAUUCCUAGAAUUCUUCGCAUGGGGUCUGCUCACGAUGCCCGUCAUCUCCGUGCUGAAUUCCACAUUCCCUGAUCACACGUUCCUUAUGAACGGCCUGAUCAUGGGCAUCAAGGGUAUCUUGAGCUUUCUGAGCGCGCCCCUUAUAGGAGCUCUAAGUGACGUCUGUGGAAGAAAACUUUUCCUUCUAGUUACAGUGUUUUUCACUUGCUUGCCAAUUCCUCUAAUGACUAUCAACACUUUUUGGUUCUUUGCAAUGAUCUCAAUAUCAGGUGUGUUUGCUGUGACAUUCAGCGUUGUGUUUGCCUAUGUAGCUGACGUCACUGACGAAAAAGAACGCUCCCUAGCUUACGGAUUAGUAAGCGGCACUUUUGCAGCCAGCAUGGUGAUUUCUCCCGCAUUGGGAGCUUAUUUAAUGGAAAGGUGGUCAGUCUCUCUAGUUGUUGCACUAGCAACGGCAGUCGCAAUAUUAGACGUGUUUUUCAUUCUCGUUGCCGUACCAGAAUCUUUGCCAGAAAAAGUGAGAGUGUCUCCUAUUAGUUGGGAACAAGCGGAUCCGUUUUCAUCUUUAAGGAAUGUUGGUCAAGAUCCAACAAUUCUCUUACUCUGCAUAGCAGUAUUUCUAAGUUACUUGCCCGAAGCGGGGCAGUAUAGUUGCAUUUUUGUGUAUCUUAAACUAGUCAUGGGUUGGAGUGCCCCUAUGGUGGCAGUGUUUGUAGGGUUAGUGGGGCUGUUAGCGGUCAUAACGCAGCUCUGCUUAGGUAUUUUAAUAAAAAAUCUUGGAUCCAAGCACACAAUUAUGCUAGGACUAUUGUUCGAAAUGCUCCAGCUUUUGUGGUACGGUUUCGGUACUACCACUUGGAUGAUGUGGGGGGCUGGAAUUUUAGCAUCUGUCGGUUCCAUUACGUAUCCUGCAAUAUCUGCUUUUGUGUCAGUUCAUAGUACAGCCGAUAGGCAAGGAGUUGUACAAGGUAUAGUAACUGGAAUGCGAGGUCUCUGUAACGGUUUAGGACCCGCAAUGUUUGGAAUAAUCUUUUAUAUGUUCCAUGUCGACCUUAAUGAAGGCGAAAAUCAAAAUGCCACACAUUCCACUCAAAUUUUUGAAACUUAUUCUCAACUUGUGCCUGGACCGCCGUUUGUCUUUGGCGCUUUCCUAGUCAUUUGCGCCAUCUUCGUCGCUUCAUUUAUUCCUACCAAAACUCUCAUAGAAACAAAUAUACCUCUGGAUACUCACUACGAGAUGGAACGAGGCCAGAAAGUUCCAGGAACCCUCAGUCCCCUUAUUGCAGUCAGGGGUAGUAUUGAUGCAGCUAUCUUGUAAAGCGAGAGAAAACGUCCGCCCCAACUGUAAAUAUUAAGUGUGAUUGACAAAGAGAACAAAUAAAUCCCUACUUUUGAUUAAUAAAGAGGAGUGAAACAACUAUUCCUGCAUUAUUGGGUUGGCAUUCCAAAACGAUUAGAUCCAAAUCAAAAUUUGCUCUUGGUGUAUCAUUUUGGAUUGCCUAUCUAAUAUAGAGGCGAUUGUGAUUGGAACAUUUUUGAUGAGGCUAUUUUUUGCCAAUAGCCUCUAAGAAAUCCUAAAUGAUGGGUGAUAAACACUUUUCUAAAAUAAAUUUGCCACAGGUAAAAAUUUAAAUAUAUUUUGGAAUAAGAGUGUAUUGUAUAGGAGAAUGUAUAGCAUGAAGAGGUUAAGAAUUUCUGAACCAUAAUUGAUGUUUUUCCUAAUGGGUGAUAAGUUUGUUUAGAAAAGUGUCAAAUUUCAAUUAUUGAAGCAGUGUUCUUUCCGAGAAAAGUAUUAAAUUCUUCAAGACCUUUCAUUGUUGUUAUUGUUGUGAAUGGAAGAAUGAGUUUGACUUUACAUACUUGAAGAUCAUUACGCUUAAUUUUAGAUUAUUAUUAUGGUUGAAAAGGACAAAGUAUUUGAAAUAUUACUUUUUUUGUUGCAAUAGAAGUAUUUCAAAUACUUUUAUAAAAAUAAAUGCCAGUCAAUUUUUACUAUAACUGCAAUUUUAUCCACACACAUAUUUUUGCCGCAACAUAUACAUCUUUACAUUGUACAUAGCUAGUUUUAAGAAUGUUGUAUUUACAUAAUUUAUUUUAUUUUUUUUUUUCAAUGACUGACAACAUAUUAUUUGGUCUUGGAAGUUUUUGCUCCUAGAACAAACUUCGUUUAUUGAUGAAUUAUACAGAAUAUUUUGAAUAUUGUUAUGUACUAACCCAAAAACUGGCGAUAACUUCAAAAUAGUUAAAGUAGUAGGUCUCGACAUUGUUUGAAUAGUGUUUUAUUGUUUAUGAAAUCCUAUUGAUUGUUCUUAAUUUUUGGCUGUGGUAAUUAUUAGUUUUAUUUAUUUUUGUUUUGUAUUUCUCCAUUGAAUAAGUUCUGUAUCUUCAUGUUUCGGGAUUCAAAAUUCUAGAAUUGGUAUCAGUUUUAUUUUUCAUUUUAAUUAGUUUUUUCUAAAUGGAAAUGUUUAACAAUUAUUGGAAAUUAUAUGCUUAGAAGGAAGACAAAGAAAAAGGCAUAUCCGAUGGCAUAUCUAUUACAAGAUUUUAUUUACAAUUUUAUGAUAAUGAGAACUAUUCGUUUUUUAUUGUAGUUUCUAAAUUAUACAACUUAUGGUAAAAUAAAUAAUUAAUAUAGGCAAUAAUUAGUAUCAAAAUUAUCGAUCCCAGAUCUUUUAGGUGGGGAGAUAUCUAAACUGUGGCCCAGUUUUCAUUUUUCCAGUUAUUUGCAUAAUUGAGUUUCCUGUUCCGAGAGCAAAAACUUUCAAAGUUCAUUGUAUUGUUUAUUCUUUUCAAAAAAUUGUUAGGUUAUUCUUUUUAUAUUGUAUAUUUUGUAUAUUUAUUUGUACCUACUAUCCUAGGAAAGCGCUUUUUGUUAUCCAUAGAUAUGACAAGGGAGACUAUAUUGAUUGAAAAAAAAAGUAUUUUAGGUAUUAGAUUAUAAAUUACACCCUAUUAUUAAAGAGAAAAUGAAUUAAAUAAUGUUUAUGUAAAAAGAUGACUUUAUAUUGCCCAAGAGAUUUCUAAAGUUAGUUGUUAUCACACUUAACUAAUGAUUGUGAAGCAAAGCAGAGAAACACAUAUUGAAACCAUGAAACAGUUUUUUUCACAGCUAUUUCGUUACCUUGGGCAGUAAGACAAAACUAGAGUAUGGAUUUGGAAUUGAUAAAUUCCAUUUAUUAAGCCUUUUUUUUACAUGCAUCCAACAAAUUGCUUGCCAGAGAUCUAUCCGCGAGGUUAAAUCAAAAAUAUCCAAUAAUUCAAAAAUGUUAAUUCUCACCCAAUCUUAUCACUGAAGGUAAAUUAUUUACAAAAAUUAUAUAUUUAUUUUAUUGUGAUUACUGUACCAAACACAUUCUUAUACACUAGUAAUUAGAAUUAUUGUAACGAAACAAGAUUUGAUAUAAUUUAAUUCACACAAGAAUUAAGCCUUACAGCCACAUACUUUCCAACUUACUUAUUCAUUAUGCCUACAUACAUAAUAUAAUUUAAAAAUCAAAAAUUUUCUUAGGUUUACUAUGAAAGUCAAACAUAUUUUUUUCACCUUUAUAAUCAUCUCUGCAGCUUUCUUGUCUUUUGUGGCUUUUACUUGGCAGGCGCAACUGCGUUGUCAAAUUGUGACCUUCUCCUACAAACGUUAAAUCAUUCUCAGUAGCAGCUGGACUCUCCAAGUAAGUUGGCAUUGGGUGGCUUCUCUGAUUAACUUCAGAUUGGAAAGGAAGCUAAAAAGACUAAAAAGUAAUGAAGCUUUCUUUACAAGUGAAUAUGAUGAUAUAAUUUUCUUGAAGCUAGGAACUUGAACCUUAUGCAUAUCUAAUGGAGGUAUCGAGGCUCAAGUUUUAUUUCAAGUCUUAACACCCCCCUGGGGUUUUUACUGACCGAUCCAAUGAUGGUAUAGAACAAGCCCUUGUGCCCAUACAUUGGAAUGAUUUAGUAUGUAACUGAAAUUAGUAAAAUUUGUGGAAAUGGGAUUGAGAAUUUGUUUGGCAAAAAAUUCCAAUGGGUAAAUGUAGGCAAUCUCCACUGAAACUGCACAUUUCCAAUUUUUGGGGAAAUAUUUCCUGGAAAUGGCAUCAUAAGCUGACUAUCAAACACCAACCAACAAUAUUCGUCCAUGAGAAAUUAAACAUGUCCAAAAACUACAGUAGGUAGAUAUGCAUGAGGGCCAACAUUUUGAUCUUAGUUGAUGAACAUAAACUGAGAAGAAUUAAUUUCAUAGACAACAGGUAAAAAGAAUCUGAUUAUUUGCAGUGAGUACCAAAAAAAUCUUACUUCUUUCUCAAAAAACCCCAUAUUAGAAGGACGUUGUUCUGUCACUUUUCCUAUAAACCCUUCAUUAUAAGCACCAUUAUAACUCAAAAUAGGUUUGAUAAUUUUAUUAUCAAGAAGCAGUGCAGGCUUUAGUUGACACUGUUCCACUUUACGUUUUUUAAUUUUUUGAUUUUUUGGUGUGUUAUAAACCCAUCUUCUUGAUGGCACUGGGACGAAAUUGAUUUCAAUAUCUUCGUCUGAAUCUUGAUCUUCUGCUUUAUCCUCCUCGACAGAGAUUUCCUCUUUUAAAAGGUUUCCUUCCACAAUUAGGUUUUGCUUAAGAAUUUCUGCUGCAACAUUUUCAAUGCUUUUCUCUGGGAAGUAAUUUGUCUUAAAAAGUACUUGCAUUUUUUGAGUGAAAGUUUUCAAAUGUUCGCGCGAACAAAUAUGUUCAACUAAUUGAGGUGAGGAAACUAUUUCCAUUUCAUUAUUGCUGCAUUCCUCUUUUUCUGUAAGAUAACCCGUUUGUUUAAUAAAAUUGCUAUUAUUAUUUGUUCCAGGUUCAACAGGAGUUAUGAACAUUUUAUUGCUAAUCUUUUUGAAAACGCUUUUACUGUGUUUCUCUACAACAGGUUGGAGAGAUUUUGUAGAACUUCUAAGACACCGCAUUUGACCUAUAGGUUUUGGCAUGCUUGGUUUAUAUUCUUCAACAGUAGAACGUUCAUUGAUAAUUCUUUGGGAAUGGACAGAAUUUUGGUCUAGGAACACUUGUAGGUUUUCAGUUAGGACAUUAUCUUCAGGUUUUCCAGAGGA